AUGGCCACCAGCUCACUGUGUUGCUCUGCUGUGGUCUCUCUCUCUAUACAACCUGUCUCUCUUUUAUUUGCAUUCCAUUCCCUUCUCUUGUACUCUCCCAGUAACUUCAAUACACAAGCUAUGCACUUCCACACACCCCAGGCCACGAGUGUGGCACACUACGGCGGCGGUACGUCCUUCCGCCCGCUGAUGUGCCUCACCGCACUGCUGUGCCUCAUCCACCUGCUGGUGUACACCCCACUCACAGCACUGUGCAAGGAUACAGAUAAUGCAAAGGACACUGUGAAGCUGUUGGCAUUGAAUAUUACGGAUCAUCCAGUGUCGCCUCAUACUUUACAUGCUGUUGAUGCUGGUUUCAAUGCGGCACUAUGGUCCCGCAACUGUACUGUGGCUGAUGGCAUACGUGUUAAGAUUGUGACCAGGCAUACGACGUUUGAGGCCUCUGGGAAGACUGUUGACGAUGCACUGACUGAGGACCCUGACAUUCUGGCAGUACAAGGACUUUUCGGGGAUACUGCUGUAGAGCUCACUCUGCCUGCCAUUGCAAAGCACCGUAGUGUUGCAUUUGCACCCAUCACUGCGUUUUCUAGCUUGAGAACGUGGAAUCCCAAUGUGUACUUUGUGCGUGCUGAACCUGGUGCUGAGCUGCUUGCGCUUGUGAACCAUGCUGUGAAUAAGCUUCAUGUACGCAGACUUGGAUUCAUGUAUCUCCAGAAUAGUUUGUUUGGGAAGGGUGAUUACGAGCAGGCUGUACGAGUCAUGUCUGCCAUGGGUUAUGAGCUUUGUGGUGUGUUCACUUUGAACAGCUCACUUAGUGAACCUGCUGACGAUGCAGUUUUCAAUGCUACGUGGGAUGCGUUUGCGGACACCCGCCCACAGGCUGUGAUUGUGUUUGGUUCGCCUAUUAGCGACACUGCGAAGUUUAUCAUGAGAAUGCUGACGGACAGUCGCACUGUUGGUGCAUAUCUGCUGGGUCCCUUUGUUGUGCAGGACAUGCUUUUGAGUGUGUGGCGUCAGGCAGUAGAUAAAUAUAUUCCGUUUGUGAGUGGCCAAGUGAUCACGACGGGCACAAACCCACUUGCGACGGACACACAGUACACUGCGAUCCAGCGCUUCCAGACAGCAAUGGAGACGUACCUAAGACAUUGUAAUCACGGU